AUGGACACAUUUUUCCGCCGUCACUUUAAGAGGAAGGAAGCUGCUCUGCAGGUGGAUGCCGAGGCCGCAUCCUGCCACCAGCGGAGGCCCAGCGUGGCCGUCCCCACUAGUAAGGCCCGUCGCAGGUCCAGCGUCGGGCUUCCCUCCUCCACCCUGACCCAGCGGCGCCGGUCCAGUGUACAGCUGCAGGUGGGGCUGCCGUGUGCAGGUGGGGGGCGUUUGGCAAAGACAUCCAGACACAUCAGGUGGGCGGGACAUGCUCGCAGGCGUUCCAGCACCACCACCCCUAGCCUCAACCCGAGGUUCGCCGUGUGCAGGAAGAAAAUGGGGAAGCUGCGGACCAUCGACACCCACCUGCUGGGGCCGUCCAUGCUGCUCGCCAGUCUGAUCCAGAUGGCAGAGGAGGAGGAGGAGGAGGGGCUGGGGGCGGGGCUCCCGGCCGGAGAGCAGCAGGUGGAGGUGAGAGGCGGGGCCAACAGCACCAGGAUGUUUUCACGCUCCAGCAGCCUCCACUCAGACGGAGACAAUGACAGCAUCGAUUACUCCACCACCAACGACAGCCAAUCAGAAGCCAGUCAGCUGUCGGAGGCGGAGGAGCAAGAGGAGGACGACGCCUCCUGGUCACCUGAUCAGCACCUUUCUCUGUCCUCCACUCCUUCCUCCUCCUCCGCCCUGGAGGUGAUGAGGAAGACGCCCCAGCUGGUGUCAGCGUCGCGGCCACUGAUCCGGGCCCCUCGCUGCCUCAGGAGGAACUCUUCUCAGGUUUUCUCAGGAGACUCUGCUCCUUACAGCUGCUGUCGUGCCUCCAGCCAGAUGAAGAGGAGGAGGAUCUCCACUGUCUCCAAAGCUGGUAGCCCCUGGCCUGGAAGAGGCCCCCCGCUGCCCAGCCGCAGAAGUUCAGUCUACUACCUCAACCACCCAGCCUUCUACAGGGGCCCCGGAGCCCUCAGUCCACUGAGGGCCCACGGCUACGACUCCCGCCUGGAGAGCUGGAGUGCCUUCCUGCUGAAAGCCAUUGCAAAGUCGGGCCUGCAGCACGUGGCGACCCAGCCCAGCGUCUCAACAUCCGGACAGACCGACCCGCUGCAGGAGCCCAGCAGCACCGUGGACUGGAGCGACAACGCCCAGUUCGGGGACCACAUUUGGUUCGAGACCAGUGGGUCUGGAGACUUCUGUUACGUUGGUGAGCAGUACUGCGUCGCUAAAUCACUGCAAAAGUCAGUAGCGAGGAAGAAAUGUGCUGGAUGUAAGAUUUCAGUCCACACCAUGUGCAUGGAGCAGCUGGAGAAGAUUAAUUUCAGGUGCAAGCCGUCGUUUAGAGAACCAGGAUCUCGAGCUGUUCGAGAGUCCAAUGUUGUGCGACAUCACUGGGUCCACAGGAGGCGUCAGACGGGGAAGUGUCGGCAGUGUGGGAAGGGAUUUCAGCAGAAGUUUUCAUUUCACAGCAAAGAGAUCGUCGCCAUCAGCUGCUCGUGGUGCAAACAGGCGUAUCACAACAAGGUGACGUGCUUCAUGCUGCAGCAGAUAGAGGAGUGCUGCUCCCUGGGAGCUCAUGCUGCCGUCAUCGUUCCUCCUACCUGGAUCAUCAGGGUCCGCCGACCACAGUCGUCUCUGAAGUCCAGUAAAAAGAAGAAAAGGACGUCGCUGAAAUGCAACAAGUCGAGCAAGAAGGGAGCUGAGGAUGGCCGCUGGAAGCCCUUCCUGGUGAAGCCUCUCCCCUCUCAGCUCAUGAAGCCUCUGCUGGUGUUUGUUAACCCAAAGAGCGGCGGAAACCAGGGAGCCAAGAUCAUCCAGUCCUUCAUGUGGUACCUGAAUCCCCGGCAGGUGUUUGACCUGACAAAGGGUGGACCCAGAGAGGGGCUGGAGCUGUAUGCCAAAGUACCCAACCUGAGGAUCUUGGCCUGUGGAGGAGACGGGACAGUUGGAUGGAUCUUGUCAGUUCUGGACCAGUUGAAUCUUCGUCCUCAGCCUCCCGUGGCCAUCCUUCCUCUGGGGACCGGCAACGACCUCGCGAGGACUCUGAACUGGGGAGGGGGUUACACUGAUGAACCCAUCACAAAGAUCCUCUCACACGUUGAGGAUGGAAACAUCGUCCAGCUGGACCGGUGGAACCUGAACGUGGAGGCAAACCCUGAUGCCCGACCGGAUGAGAGGGACGAGCAUCAGACAGACAAACUUCCUAUCGACGUCUUCAAUAACUACUUCAGUCUGGGCUUCGAUGCUCACGUCACACUCGGCUUCCAUGAAUCUAGAGAGGCAAACCCAGAGAAGUUCAACAGCCGCUUCAGGAAUAAGAUGUUCUAUGCAGGGACAGCCUUCUCAGAUUUCCUGAGCGGGAGUUCGAAAGACCUCGCCAAGCACAUCAAAGUGGUGUGUGAUGGGACAGACCUGACAGCCAAAGUCCAGGAGCUGAAGUUACAGUGUCUCCUCUUCCUCAACAUCCCCAGGUACUGUGCGGGCACCAUGCCCUGGGGUCACCCCAGCGAGCAUCAGGACUUCGAACCUCAGCGUCACGACGACGGCUGCAUCGAGGUCAUCGGCUUCACCAUGACGUCUCUGGCCACACUGCAGGUCGGGGGUCACGGCGAACGUCUCCACCAGUGUAAAGAAGUGACCCUCACCACCUACAAGUCCAUCCCCAUGCAGGUGGACGGUGAGCCCUGCAAGCUGGCACCGUCCAUAAUCCACAUCAACCUGAGGAACCAGGCCAACAUGGUGCAGAAGGCCAAGAGGAGGAUCUCCAUGCCCCACCUCAACGACCAGCAGCCCGUUCCUGAGAAGCUGCAGAUCAGAGUGAACAGGAUCAGCAUGGCAGCGUACGAGGCUCUGCACUACGACAAGGACCAGCUGAAGGAGGCCUCAAUGCCGUUGGGAGUGAUCACUGUCCCCGGAGACAGUGACCUGGAAACCUGCCGCCUGCUCAUCGAGCGCCUGCAGGACAACCUGGACCAGGACUGUGACACGUUGAAGGGAGAGUGUCUGUCUUCACAAAAACUCUCCAUGAAGUGGUGUUUCCUCGACUGUACAACUGCAGACCGUUUCUACAGGAUCGACCGAGCUCAGGAGCACCUAAACUACGUGACAGAGAUCUCCCAGGAGGAGCUGUACAUCCUGGACCCGGAGCUGGUUGUAAAGGAGACAGUGGGUACCUCCCCUGGGAUGCCAGACCUGGUGGACUCAGAAGAGCACCAGGACCAGAAGAGACAGUUCGCCUUCCCCUGCUCCCCGUCCUCCCCUACCACCUCAAACACACCCAGGGUGAGGGACUUUCAGAGGAGGAGGAUCUCCAGUGACAGUUCGGUGGCUGAUGCUUUGUCCCAGAGCUCCUCUAAGACCACCCUGUGCAGGAGAGGGGCAAAGAUUCUCAAUGUUCAUCGCUCCAAUACAACCCUCGCUGCUUUCAGACCCCUGAUUAGUCCUUCCAGUGCUACCUCUCACGACCCUGGGAAAGAAGCAGAGUUGAUCAGCUGCAUCAAGACUGAAGACCUGGACAGACUGAUGGAGCUCCACCAGCAGGGGGCGGACAUCCUGCUGCAGGACGGAACCGGCUGCACGCUGCUGCAUCACGCUGUGGAGGCUGGCAGCAAGGACAUCGUCCAGUACCUCAUUGACAAUGUGCCCACGUCUCACCUGGACAUAACAGAGAGAGAGACUGGUGAGACAGCACUUCACAAAGCUGCCACCUCCUGUCAGAGGAGUGUCUGUCACUACCUGGUGGAGGCUGGGGCGUCGCUCAUGAAGACAGAUCUGCAGGGUGAUACUCCUAAACAGCGAGCUGAGAAGGCCAACGACCAGGAACUGGCUGAGUACCUGGAGAACCGCCAACAUUACCAGAUGAUCCAGAGAGAAGACCAAGAGACAGCGGUCUGACUUCUAACAUCUGUUCAGAACAUCUGUCUGUCCUUUUGUCUUUUAUGUCUUUACUCCUUGGAUCAUUUGGGGGGGGGGGGGGGGGGGCAUGGAUCAUUUUCAGUUGUCUUUUGUCCAAACUGCUUUAACUGACCAGAGCUGAGGGUCUGUUUGUAGACGCCUGUCCUUUGUGCUGCAGCUGACUCCAAGUUAGAGCAGAGACACCUCUGGACACUAAAGCGAAUUCAGACUGAACGUCUUCAUCUGUGGACGUUAGAGCUUGAGCUCACACGACCUCAUGUGGACUGAAACUGUGUGAAACAGCUGCUGAACGUGAUGAAAACUAGACGCUUCGCCAUAUCAGAUAGCCUGUCUCACUGCCUGUUUCUCUGUCUACCUGUCUGUCUCACUCUGUCUCUCUGCCUGUCUCUCUCUCUCUCUCUUUUUGCCUGCCUGUCUGUCUCACUCUGUCUCUCUGUCUGCUUGUCUGUCUCACUCUGUCUCUGCCUGUUUCUCUGUCUACCUGUCUGUCUUUCUCUGUCUCUCUGCCUGUCUGUCUGCCUGCCUGUCUGUCUGACCUUUGGAAAUAGCUCUUCGGAUAUUAAUCGUAGGCUCUGAUCAGUUUACUUAUUUAUGGAUUAUUGUAGGUAAAAACACGUUUUGCUUGUGAUCGAACAGUGAAGCGAGUCGUCGGAUGCUUCAGUCAAACUUUAGAUUUUCCGGUCAACAUGAGAAGUUUGUAAUUUGUUACCUGACUGUGAAGCAAACAGAUGCUUUCUGUGAUGUGUUUUUACUGUAUACGGAGCUGAGACUCGUCAGUGCUGGACGUUUGAAGCUGAAGCCAGAUUCUGCCAAAGCAGUUAAGUCUGUAUUAAUAAUUAAUGAGGCAGCAGUCGGAUAAUCCACUGUAUGAAAGUGUUUGUUUGGUUUUAUCGUUUCUGAGUGACCUGCAAUAAAAGCUCGUCAGUAA